AUGAGAAGACGGAUUACUUUCGCUCAGGGACCAGAUUCGCCCUUUGACCAGGAUCAAGUCCAGUUGACCAGCGAUGCAUUGAAGCUUCGAGGCCUGGAUUCCGCCCGCGAGGAGCGAGUUACCUUUGGCUUCAACGAGCUCCCGUCGGAGCUCUGGAAUGUCCUGAAGCAUGCACAUGAACUCCAUAUCAGAUGGGCCACUGAGCGGCCAUUUGAAGCUGUCGUUCCCUUUUCCAGCAGGGUGUCUCCCGGUUUACAUGUCUUCUUUACCCCGGUCGAUUCGCAGCGAUUGACAGAGGGUCUUUGUCCGCUGCUCAAGAAGGCGUUCAGUGAGGAAUUGAAGUGUACGCUGCCAGAGAUAUCGUUUACGACUCCGCCCCUGAUUUCUCAGCGAUUCGCAUCUGUUGCAUCUUAUCAGUUUUACAGCCUCUUGCCCUCGAUUAGUGAACUCGUUACAUAUAUUCAGCAGAAAUUAUGUCCAUCGUCGGAUGCGGAAUGCCAGAACCAUGCCUCGUCGCUUCUAUCUGCAGAUUACCUCGACAUCGAUUAUGAUCGUAUAUCGCAUGCUCUGACCGUGUCGGCAUAUUGGGCCAAGUCUCCAGAGGGGAAUGGAUGGAUAGCAGACGUCAGGAAGGGUGAGCUCGGGAUGGAGAAGAUAGAGGUUGGGCUGCUGAGCAGCCAGCCAGCUACGGAGCCAGAGGAAUUGUCUGUCGCUGGAUUAUUGGCCGUCAUCGGAGAGGAUGACCAUCCGCAUGGCACCAUGUUCUCUUUCCCGUCGCGACAUCAUCCGCUACCGGAGGCUGCGGACUAUACAGUCUCGUUCCUGGCACCGACCGGUCUUCAUCCGACGAUGAAGAUCUCGAUUCCUCGUUCCUCUCUGUCUGCACCGCCAGCUCCUGCAGAUGCGACAUGUGCUCUUCAUUCCUAUCUCACGCUACCAUCCCCAAUAUUCGCCGAUAAGUACCAGCUCUCAACCACCGAUCGUCUUUUCCUGGAGUCCCAUAACCUGGCUGCUCUACGCACCAUUUCGGGUGAGACGGAUCUGGAAGCUCCCGAUUGGGUCACUUCUCGCUGGGGCUCGAAUCUCCUUCUGGAACUGGCGACGCCUGCAGAAACCGAUUCGGCCAAGGAGGACUGGGAAGUUACCAUACCACUUCACCUCCGCUACCUGAAACCAUCUCCAUCUGGAAACCGCACUGUAUCUGUCCCCUGGCCUAUCGUGUUCUGGGCUUGCACGGCUGAGGAAGGGACCAAAAUGGGCGUCAACCCGUUCGACCGUGUAAAUCUCGGCUGGGACGGUCUCUUCGGACCCAAGACCAUGUUCUACCAGUUAUCUCCCUCACCUUCAAAGGACAAGACUCCAGGAGUCCAGUCCCGACUGGUUGAGCAGGUAGACGUCCCCGUUCUGGAAAUCAAGGAAGGUCUGGAAGGGAUCAUCCAAGCCAGGACCAUUGAGAUUGGUACCAUCAUCAUCGUUGCCCUCGGAUUCCUCUGGGCGCUGUGGAAACUUCUCUCAGUGACCCGCUCUUCCGGAAACCAGAAAAAGGAUGAGACCGUCAAGUCUGGCAAAAAGGAUAAAUAAUUGGACUGCACGCAUACCCGACAAGAUAUAAAGAUACCAUUCUGUUCCAUAAUGAAUUCAUGCUCCCCUGUCGAUUACCUUGGCCUUUCUAAACCAGAACCUGUGUCCCGUAUGAUCCUUUCUACAUACAUAGCUGUGCGACACUCGAAUCAAUCCUCUCUUGUCUCUUCGAUAGUAAAACAAAAAAGACCUUCCCUAUAUCAUCUCGACAACGGCUCAAGAGAAUCUUGCGAAAUUUGUAUUCCAGUACCGCUCCAGUCUGGAACAGGAAACAAUCAGCUAGUUCUUCCACAUUUUGUAGCAGGGAACCAAGAACCAACUUCUUAUCCACACAGAAGGAGAAGUCAGCGUUCUAUAAGAUCAGCAUCGGGAUCAAGUAUCUAUCCUGCAUACCUAUAGGAAGGAAU